UUUUUGAGAGUAAAAAGGGAGUCCUGGAAAGCAGAAGAGAAAAGGACGAAAAAAGAAUUUCCUUUCCCAUUUAUUCCCAAAUAUAUAGUAAAUCCAUAUCUACAGAAGGAUAGAAGGAUGUUGUAAUUAAGAUCUUUUUUGUUUCUUAAAAAAACUAAAACGUAAAUUAAAUCUCAUAAAUCAAAACCGAAUUUUUGCCAGUUAAUUUUACCGCCAUGUCAGUGCGAAGACGAACCUUGCUCAAGGUCAUUGUUCUCGGCGAUAGCGGAGUGGGCAAGACGUCGUUGAUGAAUCAGUAUCCCUUCAACACUAAUUGAAUUUUAAUCUGCUUAUUUUACAUUUGUGUAAAUUUCCUGUUCAUUUUUGGGGUUCAUUUUUUAGAUCUUAAAUUUUGUAUAUGGGUGAAGUUGAUUUUCAUCUGAUCAAUCUUAAUUUUUUUUUGUUUGUUCAUUUAAAUCUUGAUUUUAUAAGGUGCAUUGUUGUUAGAACUAAACUGCUUGAAUUUAGAUAUGUUCAUAAGAAGUUUAGUCAGCAAUAUAAAGCAACAAUUGGUGCUGAUUUUGUCACUAAGGAAGUCCAGAUUGACGACCGCCUUGUCACUCUGCAAAUAUGGGAUACUGCAGGCCAGGAGCGGUUUCAGAGUCUUGGAGUUGCCUUCUAUAGGGGUGCAGAUUGCUGUGUCCUAGUUUAUGAUGUUAAUGUGAUGAAGUCAUUUGAUACCCUUGAUAAUUGGCAUGAGGAGUUUCUUAAACAGGCAAAUCCAACUGACCCCAGGACGUUUCCAUUUAUAUUGCUUGGAAACAAGAUAGAUAUAGAUGGUGGUAAUAGCCGAGUGGUCUCUGAUAAGAAAGCAAAUGAAUGGUGUGCUUCAAAAGGAAAGAUUCCUUACUUUGAAACAUCAGCAAAAGAAGAUAUCAAUGUUGAUCAUGCAUUUCUUUGUAUUGCCAAAACUGCUCUGGCAAAUGAGCGUGAGCAGGACAUCUAUUUCCAGGGCAUCCCGGAGGCUGUGUCUGAGACUGAGCAAAGAAAUGGUUGUGCAUGCUGAUUACAAGCCAAACUCUUCUAUUCUUGGUUGCCUGAUGCUUCAAUUUUUUUUUUUGGUUCCUAUGAUUCAUAUCCAUUUUUUGUACACAUUGUAUUCUAAACUCCCUUGAUUGAGGCAUAUUUUCUUCCUUUUAAGAGUUGAAAUUUGUAGAAUUCUAGUCAGUUUGGUUUUAGUUGUAAUAGGGAUCAAUGUUGUACAGGCAGCCUUUGGAUGAGCUUUCAUCCAAGGAAUGAUUGGUCAUGUUUUUAAAGGACUUGAUAUUAUUUAGGUACAAUCAUGGAAUAUCUCCAUUGAGAAAUGGCCUUGAGUACUCUGGGCCUGUCUAUUCAUGGAAAUCAAGCCUUGCUGAUA